AUGCCGCCGCUCCAGCUGCUUCCCCUCCUGCUCCUGCUCGUCGCUUCCUUUCUCCGGCUGCCGGCGCCGGCCGCCGCCGCCUGCUCGCCCAAGAAAUGCGGCGACCUGAACAUCAGUUACCCGUUCUGGCUGGAGGAGAAAGGCCAGACGCCGUGCGGGUCCCCGUCCUUCCAGCUCAACUGCAACGGCAGCCAGGCUCUCCUCAGCCGCUCCAUGUUCGGGGGCUACCAGGUUGUCCAAGUCUUCGCCGAGAACUCCUCCUUCCUCGCCGUCGACAACAACCUCCCGCUCGACGACGGCUGCCCCAAGUGGUGGUUCAACAUCUCGCUGGGUCUCGGGCUGAGUCCGUUCGUCAUCAGCAGCAAGAACAGGGAGCUGCUCGUCCUCGACAAGUGCACGGAGCAGCAGGUGACGCCGCCGGGAUUCAACCGCACGCGUUGCACCAACGAGUCCUUCUACCGCCUUGGCGAGGAGUACGGCACCCAUCUUGACUACCGGGGGGAUCUGCCCCCGGCCUGCCGUCUCUCCGUCGUGCCGGUUCUUGGUUUUCAGGGCGGCGCCGGUUACAUCCCGAGCAUGAGGCAAGGGUUCCUGCUUGAGUGGACGGUGCCGUCGGACGAUUGCCCCAAGUGCGAGGCAAGCGGCGGACAGUGCAGGUAUGCCAACGACGGCACCGGGUUUUCCUGCCAUUGCUCCGGCGACGUGUACCCUGAGAAGUGCGGGGACAGUGGAAAGACAAGUAUAAAGUUCAUAAUAGUUGGAGCGGUAGCCGGUUUUGCUGCAUUCUUGGCAUUUGUCUUAUUUGCCUUGUACCAACGAAAGAAGAGCAAACAAACUGUAGCUUCAAAUGAGUUCAUGCGAAGUGGAUCUUCAAUGACGUCAUACAGUAAAGACCUUGAGCUGGGUGGUUCGCCUCAUAUCUUCACUUUCGAGGAACUCGAAGUGGCUACUGAUGGAUUUAGUGCUUCAAGGGAGCUUGGUGAUGGUGGCUUUGGAACUGUUUAUAAAGGAAAACUCAAGGAUGGGAGAGUAGUUGCGGUGAAACGCCUUUACAAGAACAACUACAGACGAGUUGAGCAGUUCCUGAAUGAGGUCGACAUCCUGUCCCGCCUGCUCCACCAGAACCUGGUCAUCCUAUAUGGCUGCACUUCUCGGAUGAGCCGCGACCUUCUCCUGGUGUACGAGUUCAUCGCAAAUGGGACUGUCGCAGACCAUCUUCACGGAUCACACUCGGCGGAACGAGGCCUCACGUGGCCUCUAAGACUGAACAUUGCCAUAGAAACAGCUGAAGCACUGGCCUACCUCCAUGCAGUCGAGAUCAUACAUCGUGAUGUGAAGACAACCAACAUAUUGCUGGACAACAACUUUCAUGUCAAAGUUGCAGACUUUGGGUUGUCGCGCCUGUUCCCUCUCGAGGUCACCCAUGUCUCGACUGUUCCACAGGGCACACCUGGUUACGUCGACCCCGUGUACCACCAGUGCUACAAGCUGACCGACAAGAGCGACGUCUACAGCUUCGGCGUCGUGUUGGUGGAGCUGAUAUCCUCAAAGCCUGCUGUGGACAUGAGUAGGAGCCAAAGUGAGAUCAACCUGGCCAACAUGGCCCUCAACAGGAUUCAGAACCAUGAAGUUUUUCAGUUGGUUGAUCCGGAGCUCGGCUAUGACACCGACCCCGAAACAAAGAGAACGAUUGACCGUGUGGCCGAGGUGGCCUUCCAGUGCCUGCAGAUGGAGAGGGAUCUGAGGCCGUCGAUCAAGGAGGUGGUGGAGAUCCUGACUUACGUCAGGGACGGAGACUAUCGAGCUAAGAGCAUGAAGAAGAAGGCGUCUCAGAAAGAGGACGCGCACUUGCUCACGAAUGACCUGCAGUUUUCGCCUGACUCGGUCAUCCAUAGAUUCCAUAGCCAGUCAACUAACCACUCGGUAGCAUCGAAUGCUAGCGGGUUAUGA